UUUUUUUUUGGUUCUUUUUUUCGGAGCUGGGAACCGAACCCAGGGCCUUGCGCUUCCUAGGUAAGCGCUCUACCACUGAGCUAAAUCCCCAGCCCCUGUUUUUGCCAUUUUUAUCAUGUGGAAUUUGUUAAUUUCCAUUUUUUUGUAUUAAUGUGCACAGUUGUACAUUGGGCCGUUUGGUAUUUAAUCUCUCGGGUAGAGCUAGCAUGGCAGGUUUUCUUCCUUCUCUUUCCAGCUCUAGUCUCACCACUGUAACGAAAGUAGUGUAGACAAUGGGGAAGGUAAGUGAAACAAAGAGUCAAUUCCAGGGAGAGCUGGCUGGAAAAGUAACUUCUAAUUCCUGCAGGAGGCUCCCUGCUGAAUAUGCCCACCCUUUCUAGUUCUCUGGCUGGCUGGUUCAACUCAACUUUCUGGCUCAAACUCCUCUACAAGCUGACUGAUGACUCAGUCUCACUUUUCUCUCGGCCUCUUACUGAAUUGUUCUCCUUGGCCUCAAACUAACUCUUAUCAGUCUGUUUUAAUCUUCUGGCUCCCUCUCGUUCUUUGGCUCGUUCUAUCUUUACCUGUGUCAGGCCUCUCUGCAACCUGUCUUUGUAAAACUGUUCUGGUAAAGGUUGCCUCCGAACGCCACUCCAGUGUACUGCCUCUCAACUCACUGACUCAAUCCAACUGACUGACUAGAACUGCAUGCCUCUCUCUCCUGAGAACUGGGAUUAAAGUUAUGUACCACCGUACCUGAACCUAAGAUUUUCUUUAUCUGAAACUUGGUCUAUACCAGGCUGGCCUUGAACUCAGAGAUCUGCUUGCCUCCAUUUCCUGGGACUAAAGGUGUGUCUGUUUUCCAGCUGGACACACAGACCAUGUUGCUGGAUUAAAAUUCCUCUACAAAGAGUAACAGUUCAGAUUUAAUAGUGAAGCUCUCAGCAGCCACAGCAGCCGGGGAGAGCAGAUGAGAGCUGGGGGCAAGCCUGCGGAGGAAGAGCAGGAGCAAGCCUGCGGAGUGGGGAGGGGCCAACAAAAGGCAGGUGAUGGGGAAGUGUGCUGGGGAGUUUAUAUAGCCUCAGACAGGCUCUGUCUGGCUAGGUACAUAUCCAAAUAGACUUUAAAAAAAAAAAAAAUCAGUGAGGGGAGAGCCUGCCGAACCUAGAAGAGGAAGAAUUUUCAGCCUCCUUGCUAUUACGUCAGUGGUGAGGGAGCAGGCAUUCAGCUGCCUGGAGGGCAGCAACCCAUUAAUUAUUGUUACAUACGUAAAUGUAAUAAAUACAUACUUCUUUUUUUUUUUUUUGGUUCUUUUUUUCAGAGCUGGGGACCGAACCCAGGGCCUUGCGCUUCCUAGGCAAGCACUCUACCACUGAGCUAAAUCCCCAACCCCAUAAAUACAUACUUCUAAAUACGUGCAACCUGCUCCAGUCUUUAUGUCUCUCGAAGGGGUGUUUGCAGGCUGACUUUGUGGUUUUGGAGAAACAGUUGGUGUACCCUUCUCCCACCCUCAGCAUUCCUUAGUUGCUUGUAGUUCUUUACAUAGGGUUGAGGUCUCCUGGGCUUUUAGAGCAAGAGGGUGUAUAUGAGAGGGCUUGGAAGGAGGAAAGAGAAGGGAGAAAUAAUAUAUUAUCUCACAAAAAUAAAAAUAAUUUAAAGAAAUACCCAGAGGGUUUUGAGUCUACCACUGGUUCCUCUUAAAAACAGGGACCAUUUUCUCCUCUAUCCAAACUAUAAAAAAGCAAAAACUGUAUAUCAAACAAGAAAUGACCUAAGCAAUCCUGUUGCAACCUAAAUGAUACAGGCGAGGUAUCAGGAACCGGUUUGCUUUUUCUGUUCAAAGGCAGGAAAUCUGAAACCCACAAAGGGCAGCAGAGCAAUCUCAUGCUGCAGACAGAGCCAGCACUUGAAGAAAAGCAUUUACUGGGGGUGAGGAAAAACAUGCAGCAGAGGCUCAGAGAAAAAGACCCUCCAAAACCAGACAGGGACUCCGGACGCCUAAAAGCCCAGUCUCUUGAGGGCGGGAGUGUUUAAAACCCCCAGAGAGUCUUCCUCCUCUGUUUGAACAACAGUUCUUGUCAGGAUCCAACAGCAGGGACCUGCAGGUAGGAAACAAAAGCAGCCAGGCUUUGAUUUUAAGCCAGGAGGUUGGAAAAGCUGGCCAUCUUGGAGAUUUGUCACCUCUCUUGCCUAGCCAUGGCCCCUUUCCCUAUGUGUCUGCCUCACAGGGAGUCUGAAUCCUAAUCUCAGGUUCUUCCCAUUAAAAAGCAGCAAAGAAGAAGAGAGGAAGGCAGUAUAGUGGAUCUGGAGUGAUAGUGUCAAUUAGUUGAAUGAACACCCCCCCCCCCUUUAUAGCCAUUCUCCAGCUCCUUCAAGUUGUACCUAUGUUCAUCCCAACUACCUCACUAAAGUUAGCCUCUCCCGACUCAAAUCUAUCACUGUCUGGCCAGCACAUUUCCAUGUGGUCAGUACCCUCCAAUAAAGGAGCUCCUCUACUGGAAUAGUCAAUCUGAAGCUAUUCUGUAGCCUAGCACAACGGAAGUAUUCAGGGUGUUUUAUGAAUGAAUCACUGUUUAGCCAGUAGGCUUCCAGAAAGCCUACGCUAUAUGGCGCAUAUAUAAUCCGGUACUACCAUAGGGGUCCUUAAUUAUAAAAGUAGCUCUGAUCCUAGUGCAAUACAAAUCGAAGUUCAGAUUGAGGAUUUUUCACGGUAUGUUUGGUGACCCGGGAAACUGAAACUGAAGAUCCCAACUGUGAUGAAUACUGCUGGCCUCGUUUUCCAUGAUAACUUCUUUUGAGGACAUAAGAAGAAAUAAAGAAUGUCCCUCUUGGACAUCUUUGGGCUGUUUUACACCAGAUGCUUCUUUGUGCUAAGAUAGCACCUGCCUCACCAAGGCAGUAAGGUAUAUAUAGUCACAGUUUCAGAAGGGGUGUCCAAGUCCAGUUAGUAUUGCUCUUUUGUUUCCAACAAGUAAGUAGUCUUGAUGUUCUUGCUAUGCCCUUGAUGUACUAAGAGCAGCCGCCUCCCAACCCCCGCAUCGCCCCCGCCUGUGUGUAGCAAAGACUUGAGAAAUCCCCAAGGGGGCGAUGAAACACUGCAGUGUGUCAGGUCUGACAAGUCGCGCCGUCCUGCAACGUUUGCCCUGUGGCAUCCUCAGACCUGUGGCAUCCACUGAAGGAAGUUAGAAACUUCUGAGCCCCAGAGCCACGGUGUGCCCUGCAACCGGUGAGGGGACUUCUCCAUCCUGGCUGCCUGCCGUCACCUGGGUGCGUCGUGUAGAGGUAGGUGAUUCGAUGCGCACUAAGCAAAGAAACCGACAGGACAUUUUCCACCUUUGCCUCCGGCUUUGGAGGCGGGUAGAACUCACAGCAGCCAUCAGCUCAUCCGGUGAAGGACCAGCGCUGCUUCGAGAGGAUCCCGCGUCUUUGCGUCUGCGGGGACUCGGAGGACUCGGCCGCUCUGGCCAGCCAGCACUCGUCUCUCUAUGGUGCGGCCAAGGGGCGGAGCCCUGUUGGCUCGCCCGCGGACCGCGAAGCGCGCUGGGAAAGACUGAGCUGCAGCAAGCGGGGCGCACAGGGACCGAUGGACCGUGGUGCGUCCAGAGGGAAGCCGGAGCAGGGAUGCAGGGGAUGCAAACAAGAAUUGCCUGUUGGUUCCUGAUGUCCUUUACCCUAGUGACACAGUUUAUGAUGGCAUCCAAAGUUGAAAAGACUCAUGCUUUACCACCGUGCUAUAGCACAGAAUCCCUCAUUUCCAGCCUUGGUCUGGGGAUCUUCUGCCUAAUAGCCGACAGACUCCUUCGGUUUUCCAUAAUUCAGCAAAGUGACUGGCUUCGCGCCCUCUCAGAUAACGUGGUACACGGAGUGAUUGGCAUGUGGUCGUGGGCAGUAGUCAUUGGAAUCAGGAAGAAAUCUGACUUUGCAGAAGUUCUCUUAGCUGGAUUUUUAGCGUCUGUUAUCGACGUCGACCAUUUUUUCAUGGCUAGAUCUCUCUCUUUACAGGCCGCUUUAACUCUUCAGAGAAGACCUUUCCUUCACUGUUCCACUGUGAUACCCAUCACGGUUCUGAGUGUGAAGCUCGCCAUGCACUUGUUCAAGCUCAGGGACUCGUGGCGCUUUCUCCCGUGGAUGAUAUUCAUUUCCUGGACCUCACACCAUAUCCGCGAUGGAAUCCGGCACGGCCUGUGGAUAUGCCCAUUUGGGAAAACUCCUCCUUUGCCCUUCUGGUUUUAUGUAAUAAGCACGUUGUCCCUGCCACACACGUGCUCAUUCCUGAUGUAUUUAACAGGGACCAGAGAAACGAUGUCUUCAAAACACGAAAUGCGCAUCGAUGUCUGAGAUGACUAUAUAUAUAUAUAUAUAUAUAUAUAUAUAUAUAUAUAUAUAUAUAUAUGGCUCUAAGAGACAGAACUGGCUCAGAUGAUGGUAAAUGAAAAGAGCCAAUAUUCAAGUGAAAUUUAUAAAACAUAGGCACUUUAUUAGUUUUUACAGUUCGUGCGCCCGCUUGUCCGGGAGCGUGCUCAGUUCUCACACUUCCCUCUUACGUGUAUCUAUGCAGCAUUGGAUUUGCACCCAUCUCAUGCUGGGUCCAGUUUACUGGCUUUGUCUCAUUAAUAUCUAAUGCAUUGUCUAGACAUCAGCCCAUCUCCUGAUCAAAAAGCUCAAACUUCUAGAUCACUAAUUUAUUUGGACUCCUAUUUUCCUGAGACACUGAGACAGUGAAGAGGACAAAAUAAACAAGAUUGUAAGUCGAGGGUUAACAAUUAUUUCAUAUAUAUUGGUCCUGACUGAAGUAAUGACAUUAAAAUGUCUUACGGAUAGUAAUUAUUGGCAAUAUCUAAAAUAGCAGCAUUAAAUCUAAGUUAUGGUUUCAGAAAUCAUUUAGGAAGUGAUUAUUAUCACAUCAUCUGUGAUUACAGUCACUGAAAUUCAUGGCAGAUGGUUAAUGUCUUUGCCCAAGAAUCUUAUACUUUUUACUGAUUUGAAAAACAUAGCUGGGUAUUUAAAAAUAUUUGUUGACAAAGAGCAUUAACAAAACAAUAAUGGAUCAUCACUGGACUUAAAACACAGACCCAGUUCUGAGCAAUGGUGUGGCUUCAGAUGCAGACUGCUGACGGCCACCAAAGCAGGGACGGUGCUGAGAUUGUUACAUACUAGCCGGAAAGAUGAACGAAACUAUUUUUUUAAAUCAUCUCUGUACUGAGAACUAAAAGAUUUUUUUUAAAAUAAAGUCAUUUCUUGAAA